AUGGCGAAUGCACCGUCCUACAUCGACACCUCCCUCGAGACUCUCCAGACCGCAUAUUCCUCACUCCCGCCCAGCACACAGAACUACAUCUCCACUGCUGCAAAGUACACGCAUCUUGAUAGCGUCCCGCCGACUACGCUUGUUAGCAGCAUCGUCCUUCUCACAACCGUCUUCGCAGUUUCAAUGAGCGGUUGGGGCCGCUCGUUUUGGGGCGGCGGAUCGAAUACACGAUUCUCGCCCUUUGGUAGUCGAGCAUAUCCACCAAAUGUCACCGAGGAUGACUUCUCCUAUAUCACCUCCGACGAUCUAGCUCACCCAAAUCGUACAUACGACCCCAAUGGCAGAGCUCCACCACCUUCAAUGGCCGCCGAGGAUGAUGUGGUCUUGAUCAAGAGCAAGGGAGUCACGUAUCCUGUCAAGUUUCCAGCAUACAGCAUUGGAGAUGGGAAAUUACAAGUCCGGGAUUUGAAGGAGAGGGCAGCGGCGGUAAUGGAUCUACCAUCAGGCAAGAUGGUGAAGCUGUUAUACAAAGGCCAACAGUUGAAGGAUGACUACAAGCCAUGUCGAGACUACAGCCUGAAGAAUCAUAGCGAGGUUCUCUGUAUAGUCGGGGAUGCACCGCCAGAAGAAAGCGGAGAUUCGGAGGACGAUGAUAGUGAGUCAGUACCAGCCUCGAAAAAGAAGCGAAAUCGAAAGGGCAAGAAGAAGGGUGGGAAGAAGAAGAGCGAAGCCUCGAAGGGCGAUCCAAAUUUGUCUCCAGGUGACGGCACAAGUACUGCCAACUCCAGAACUGUAUCUCCGGCUCCCCCAAAGACGGCUUUGGAUAAGUUGAACACCAUCUCCUCACAUUUCCACACCAAGAUCCUACCACUCUGUGUCCAAUUCACAGCCGCCCCACCAUCAGACCCCAAGAAGAAGGAUUUCGAGCACAAGAAGCUGAGCGAGACGAUCAUGAAUGAAGUCCUCCUGAAACUCGACGCCGUCGAGACAGAAGGAGACUCAGAAGCUAGGGAGAAGAGACGAGCAUUAGUUCGAGAGACUCAAGGCGUGCUGAAUGGCCUAGAUGCCAAAGUAGCCGAGUAAUUUGUUUCUUUUAGAUGAUGACGGCUGGGCGGAAAUUUUACGAAUUCUUUUGCUUCAGGCAUUUGCAUUAUGGGGGCGGAUCUCCCCUCAGAGGCUGUACAGAAAUGCCUCGUGACGGCUGAGCAUGGCGUUUUGAAGACUGAUUGCAUGGAUGGGCAGAGGGAUGGUCAUAUUUGUGGGUUUUGGCAUCUCACCUAGAAUAGUAAUCUGCUGCUGAGAAUGGCCUUCAUUUCUGCUAUGCAUAUACCGCCUACUCUUGUUCUUGGGGUCUUUUACUGCAGUGAUCAUGUGUUGUAGGAUUGUCAUAUCCCUGACAUUAGGUUACAUCCUCCACAGACUUUCGGAGAUAAAGUCUACUCAUCCGAGGGGCAUAUGUCAAAACUACAAAGUUACAAUGCCAUCUAGCAGUCCCCUGUUCGAUCUUGACAGCUUCUCGCCCCUAGAGCCCUAAUU